AUGUCAGAUGAACCCAGUGAUAUUCCCAUGGAAACCUCUCAGGAGGUGACGUUAUCAGAAGGUGAUGCUGAAAUGCCUAGUGAAGAGGUGCUGGGUGUAGAAAUUGUGCCCGAUGAGACAGAAUUGCCCAGCCAGGCUGGCGAGGAGCCAAGUGAACCGAGUCAGGGAACUUCUGAGCUCACACAAGCAACUGAAGAUAAACGCUUUCCAGCAAAAGAUACCCUGAUGCCAACGAGCCCUCCUAAAGACACCAGCUUACCCACUGAAACUGCAGUCGGUGAAGGACCAGUACAAGAAGGAAAGCAGCAGAGGGUCUCCUCAGGCUUGCAGGCCAAAAAGAGGUCCUCAGUUAAAAUGUCAAAAUCCACCAGCAGAGCUCAGAAAGUUAAGCAAGAGGGUCAAACGUCAAAGGAUGUUACAAGCAAACCUUCAAGGGUGAAAGACCAGCGGUACUCCCACGAAAAAGUGGUGAAAGUAGAAACCUCUGGAAAGGAAGCCAGAGAACUUAAGGAAGAGAGUGUGGAGGACAGAAGGCCUGAUGAAGAGCGAGGCCUCACUGAAAAACCAGGCACUGGACUAAGCCAAGAUGAGAGACCAGCAGAAGCCACGGUCCAUUGGCUUUUAGAGCAGCCUUUAGAGAGUGAGGCAAGCCAGGAACCUGCUGGAACGAGACAAGAAGUGGUGGCUUCUCCGCAUAAAGACGGCACCAUUAGCAGAACUGAUCCGGAAGAUGCUGCCAGGGCAGCUGACCUUGCUGUCUCAGCCAAGGAAGAAAGCCUCAGUAAGCCAAUGAUUGUGGAAAUGUCCCCCCAGGAGGGAGAACCCUCCAGCUCACUCACCCCUGUCCAGGGUCUCUCUCCAAUUGAUGAGAAAGGGUCUGUCCUGUUUUCUGCCCUCCCAGGCAUGAUGUUUGAAGAGAAGGGCAAGGAGGUCUGUACACACCCACUUAAUUUAUCGUGGGUCUUUGGCUAUAACAGCAGACUCCCAGUUUUCAACCUAAUGGAUGAAGAAUGUAGGGUUAUUUUGUACGUCUCCUCUCACACGGCUGUGAUCCAUGACCUCCAAAGGAAUAAGCAGUAUCACCUCCAGGGACACUCAAGUUGCAUAUCUUGUGUCUGUGUGAGUGAAGACCGAAGAUGGAUAGCGACAGCUGACCGAGGUCCCGAGAGCUUGGUGAUUGUCUGGGACGGCUACUCUGCUGUUCCCGUGCACACAAUAUUUGACAGUCACCCAGAAGGUGGAGUCUGUGCCGUUGCGUUUUCCCACGAUUCCAGGUUUUUGGCUACCGUUGGUGCUGGGGAAGUCCAGAAAGUUGGCAUUUGGAAGUGGACCUCAUCUGAAACAAAGCCUGUUUGCAGCAUAGAACUCCUGCCUCAGUAUGGUUUUCAGGACUACAUUGCAUUUAAUUGCCGAAACCACUGUGAGUUGGUCAGCAACAGCACCACGCAAGUCAUAUUCUACAUGUGGGAAGGCGGCAGUUUGCAGUGCCACGCUCCCCUCCUGACGGACAGAACAUUCAACAAGGUUGUGGGACUCUUUAGCCAAUCCCUUUUCCACUUUAGCACUGAACAAGCUGUCACAGGAACACUGGAAGGGAAACUGGUAGUUUGGGAUGCCAUAAACCCAUCCUCCAAGUCUGCUGUCUCAUACGUCAAGCCCUACAACAUGAAAGCCAUCAAACUUGUGCACCUGCAGAAAGACGGGAUCACGGCUCUGGCUGUCAUAGACAAAAAGAUUGUAACGUGUGACGUCAAAGGCCACAUCAAAUUCUACGAUGGAUCCCUUCAGCUUCUGCAUUGGUACAGCCAGUUUAAACUGGGGCCCAUUCAGUCCAUUUCCUUCUCCAAGAAACCAGUGUGUCCUUUGAAUGCCUCCCAGUUCCCCAGUUCUUCCACCUUAACAGGCCAGCCAUUAAUUGUCAGGAACUUUAUCCUCUCUACAUCCGACGGGGUGGUGGUCCACGUCAUGACAGAGGGGAUGAAAGUGACCAAGUGCUUAGAGGAGCCCAAUGGUGCAGUCCACGCCAUCGCCUGCCACCCGACCAAGCCUCUCCUGGCCAAGGGGAGUAUCUGCGGACUCCUGAAAGUGUGGGACUACAAGAUCGAUAAGUACCUCGUUAGCCGGAUCUUUAAGGGACAGAGUAUCCGGAGCAUCUGCUACAACCACGAUGGAUCCUUGCUGGCCGUUGGGUUUACCGAUGGAACUGUUUAUAUCCUGGAUUCAAUAUCCUUGGAAGACGACACUCUGGAACCUUACAGAUACUCAAAAGGCCAAGUCAUUCAUAUGUGCUUCUCCCAUGAUUCCCAGUACCUUGCAACUGCAGAUGACAACAUGUCAGUAGCCCUUUAUAAAAAAAUAAUUGAAGAUGAGAAGGAAGUCUGGGGGCGCCUAGCAGCGCUCCACUCCCACUACAAGGCCAUCCGCACCAUCCUCUUUGCAGUGCACAUAGACAGCGAUAAGCCCCGGCUGUUAACUCUGGGAGAAGAUCGGCUUUUGGUGGAAUAUGACUUGGAAAAUAGUGUCACAGAUGAACUGGUGGUUAUCCGCAGGGACCGCAUUGAGCAGAGCGCGGUCCCCAAAUAUAUCACCCAGUACCCUCCUGUCACGACAGAAUAUUUUUUCCUGACUGCCAACGAUCAAUACAAAAUGAAGCUUUAUAAUGUGACCACAAAGAUGUGCAGAAAGACUGUUCUAGGACCUACGUACGGCUCCCCCCUGGAGAAGAUUCAAGUCCUUCCACAUGCAGAGGGCUGUGAUCCCGAGAAAUGGUAUCUGGCCUACAUCACCACAGACAAGGUCGGGCUGCAGAUUUUGCCUAUUGAUGGGAACCCUCACAAAUCCUCCGCCUUCAUUUGCCACCCAGCGGGCGUCUCUGACUUCGUCUGUUCCUGCGACGGCUGCCACAUCUUCACAUCAGGGGGCGACGACUUCAGCGUAAUGAAAUGGGACGUUAAUUUAAACGUUUUGGAAGCGGCCGUUUCCCUGGGAGGGAAGGAAUUGGUCCCAUUCUACAACCUGCUGGAUGGUGGCAGAGAGGGCGAAUUCUUCAGGGAAUUGGAAGACUAUUUUUACUAUGCACAGCUGCGUCAUCAAGGCAUCGAUACUAUGGAGCCACGAAAGGUGUCGACACAUAUUCCCCUGGAGCAGAUUCCUUUUGUCAUGCGAGCGAUGGGAUUCUACCCAUCGGAAGAGCAGAUUGAAAACAUGCUCAAUGAAGUCAAGUUCGGUGACUAUCUCGAGACCGGAAAGCAAACGACUGAGAUCAACUUGGGGGACUUCAUCAAACUCUACAUCAAUCACCGCCCAGCCUUUGGGCUGUCCAUCAAAGAAAUCGAGGCUGCCUUCCAAGUGCUGGGUUAUGAGAAUGAGAACCAAGAGGCCAGCUUGAACAGGAGCGACCUGCUGCUCUUGCUGCAGCACAAAGGAGAGCAUUUCACAGAAGAGGAGAUGGCAGAGUGCCUCACCACGCUGCUGGGCAUGAACCCCGAGGGAGGGCGCUCGGAGGUGGGCACCUACGACUCCACAGGUGCAGAAGCCUUUAUUGAGGAAGAAAUUCCCGAGGAAAUUACGGCAAUGCAUUUUGUGGCAGAAAUUCUGGGCUUACCCGUUCCUGAAUCAGCAUUAGCAGGGGUGGAAAAGACAUCCGAAACCGGCAGCUCUGACCUGACAUCCGAGUCUUAA